GAGCCAGGAAGCGAUAAUCUUCUUAAUCUUAAUCCAGGCUGGAGCUAGACACGUGGGGAUGGAGCCGGUUCGGGGCUUCAGGGCCAGGAGGCGGCUGCGGAGGAGCCGGAGGCUGCAGGCGCAGGGGCUAGAGCCGGCGCCCAAGCGACGCCGGGAGGAGCCUCUGGCUCCGCCGGUCGGCCCCGAGGACAGGCAAGCAGGUGCCCCCGGGGAGCCCGGCCGUGGCGAGACCCUGGGGGUGGCACCGGCACCGGCUCUGGCCCUGCAGCGGCGGAAUCCGGCCAAGAAGGGCAAGGAGGCGCCGGCGGUUCCCAAGGGAAAACCUAAAUCUGGGCGGGUGUGGAAGGAUCCCGGCAAGAAGCAGUUUUCCCAUAUGAUUCAGGACAAGCCUCUCCGCACCUCCUGGGAGCGAAAGAUGAAAGAGCGCCAGGAGAAGAAAAUAGUCAAGGAUUUUGCCCAGCAUCUUCAGGAAGAAAAACAGAGGGCGCGUGAGGAGAAAAAGCAGCGCCGGGAAGAGAACUUGAAACGACGCCUGGAGAACGAGCGGAAGGCAGAGAUCGUACAAGUGAUCCGGAAUCCGCUCAAGCUGAAGCGUGCCAAGAAGAAGCAGCUACGCCGGAUCAAGAAGCGGGAUACGCUGGCAAGCUAGCCCAGUACAGACAGUU